CAGAAACUUAUAUUGAAUCAGCUUAUCCGAUUUCUAAUGACAAUGUAUCAGACAUGGGUUCUCAGAACAAUGCAUGUUAUUUUGAUGAAAUUUCUCAUAAAAAUCAGGAAAAUAUAUCAGCUGAGUCAAAUUAUGGUCAAAAGUCUAAUUUAAUUUUGUUAGAUGUUGAUUUCCGUAAUGAUCCAUUAUCCACUGAUGAAAUUCCUAAUGGGUUUGAAAGUAAUGCUUCAGAAGAAUUAAACUUUGACCUCAAAUCAAAGGUCGUUCAUUAUCAUCUAGUCGUUUCUAGUGGAUCCGACAUACAAUGCGAGAAACGUCGUUUAAAUAAAGUCCUAUUAUUUGUAACUUGGAGAUAUAAGGAUCCGACAUUGUUUCGCGGAGGAGGAGAAUGUUGGAGAAUUAAAAGUUAUGCAUACUUUUUUUUAAGAAAAAUCAAAACGCCGGGAACAGACACGUCAGUCUCUGUGCAAGAAAAAAGUGAUAAUACUUUAUUGCUUAGACGAUGGACUAAUCGAGAGCACAAGCCAGUCACUCAGUUGCAGUUGGACCCUAGCACCAGAUCCUACGAAUCUGCUCAGAGGGGAGGUGUUAGCGGGACAUAGACUAGAUUAAAGCAUGCUCAAUGCAUGAUUGUUUUGGUGCACGCUGAUUGGCUGAUUCUUAUCCAAUCAGCACUAGUCGAUAGUCGGAGAA